UCAUUAGUGCCUCAAUUACUAGUCUAAAUUUAUGUACCUUAGUCAUUAGUUCCUCACUAACUACUAUAUUUUUGUGUACCUUAUUGUAAAGUGAGGCCCUCUUAUGUUUAAUACCAAUCAUCAUUACUAAUGAAUGACUACAAUGUUGAUAUUGAUGUUGAUGUUCCAUUAAGUUAAAUAGUCCAAAUCUUUAUAUUGCCUCUAUUUUUCCUCCUUGUGCACCAGCUACCAGUUGACCCUGCAUUGAUCCUGAGCUUCCUGUAAUUUUAACCUUAUCUCCAGUGGGAUGUAUUAAUGUUGUAGCCAGUCACUUACUGUAUGUUGGACAUUCUCUACAUGCCACAAAAGUCUCUACAAGGUUAAAGGGGCGUUUACUUGUUCUGCCUGAAAACUGUUACAAAGUAGUCAGUGUUUUUUUUUUCCAUCACCAAAAUUGCAUCAGUGUUUCACAAAGCCCAUCAUGCCGAUAUUUGACCUGUAGUCUGCACUAAACUUACUUAUGGAGCAAAGGCCCCGCCCCCUCUGGACAAAAUCCUUAUUUACCACAUUCCCCACUUUACAGUAGGGCGAGGCACUUUUUUGUAGGCUUUAGCGGAUUUUAACAAGCAAACAACAUGUGGAUGUAUUUGAUUUCAACUUUUAUUGCAACUGGCCUCCUCAUAGCAUUCAGCGUCAAAACGCUUUCUCCUUAUCUUUGGGCAGAUUUCUUGUAUUUCAGGGAUCUCGUGAGUAUUCUGCUGAGGUUCGUGUGGAGGCGCAGAAGGAGACCCUUCUUCUUCGCUUUGGACCGCUUUUUGGAGCAGACCGCCGAUCAUCCGAACAAAGUUUUCGUCGUGUUUGAAAAUGAGAGCUACACGUACACGUCGACGGAUAAGACUAGCAACAAGAUAGCCAACGCGCUCCAGGCUCACCCCCGCUACACAGCCGGGGACACCGUGGCCUUGUUCAUGGCCAAUGAACCCGCCUACAUGUUUACCUGUCUGGCCUUGGCCAAGCUGGGCUCCCCCGUGGCUCUGCUCAAUCACAACAUUCGCACCAAGUCUCUGCUGCACUGUUUCAGCUGCUGCAAGGCCAAGGUGCUCAUUGCAGCUUCAGAGCUAAAAGAAGCGGUGGAGGAUGUUUUGCCCUCUCUUAGAGAGCAGGGUGUCAUCGUGCUGCUGAUGGUCCAAAGCUGUGAGACGCCUGGAAUUGAGAGCUUUUCUGAUAAAGUGGAGCAGGCGUCAGAAGCUGCCCUUCCUCGCUCGCUCAGAUCAAACAUCACAUUCAAAAGUCCUGCCGUUUAUAUUUAUACCUCUGGGACCACAGGCCUGCCCAAAGCAGCAGUGGUCAAUCAGAACCGCCUCCUAAUAGCUUUGGCUGUUUUAGCUUCAAACGGUGUUUCCUCAAGUGAUGUCAUCUAUGUGAACUUGCCUUUGUACCACACAGCGGGAUUCAUCGUAGGCUUCAUUGGUUCCAUUGAGACAGGGUCUACCAUCAUUCUGAAGAGGAAAUUUUCGGCCUCUCAGUUCUGGGAUGACUGCAGGAAACACAAUGUGACUGUGGUGCAGUACAUAGGAGAAGUGAUGCGUUACCUGUGUAGCACACCAAAGAGAGAAAAUGACAAGGACCACAAAGUCAGACUGGCCAUUGGAAACGGAAUCCGAGCAGAGAUAUGGCGAGAGUUUCUGAAUCGCUUUGGGAACAUUAAGGUCAAAGAGUUUUAUGCCUCCACUGAGGGAAAUGUAGGAUUUGUCAACUAUUCAGGGAAAAUUGGAGCCAUCGGUAGGGUCAACUUUCUCCACAAGAUACUGUUUCCUUACAGUUUCAUCAAGUACGACACAGAGAGGGAUGAGCCGAUUCGAGAUGCUAACGGUCUCUGCAUCGAGGCACUCAAAGGGGAGACAGGGCUGCUGGUGUCAAAGAUUACCAACAUUGCUCCUUUUGUCGGCUACGCGCAGAAUGAAGAGCAAACAGAGAGGAAAAGACUCCGCAAUGUUUUCAAAAAGGGGGAUCUCUAUUUCAACAGCGGAGACCUAAUGAGAAUGGACCAAGACAAUUUCAUUUACUUCCAGGAUCGUGUCGGUGACACAUUCAGGUGGAAAGGUGAAAACGUGGCUACAACUGAAGUUUCUGAUAUCCUGACACUGAGUGAUUGUCUCAAAGAAGCCAAUGUUUAUGGGGUCCAAGUGCCAGGGCAUGAGGGGCGCAUAGGAAUGGCCGCUGUUACAGUGAAGGAAGAUGCGCAAUUUGAUGGAAGUAAAAUCUAUAAUCAUGUGGUAAGCUACCUACCAGCAUAUGCCAGGCCACGCUUUAUAAGGAUAAAGGAUGUGGUGGAGUUGACGGGGACGUUCAAGCAAAUGAAAGUGAAGUUAGUGGAGGAGAAUUUUGACCCAGGACGCAUCCAGGACCCCUUGUACAUUCUUGAUGAUAACCACAAGAGUUAUGUGCCUCUCACAGCUCAGGUUCACGCCUCCAUCAUAUCAGGAAUAAUGAAACUAUAAACACGUUCUUGCUGCCUGUGUUGGGCUUUCGCAGUGUUACUGCAGAGGUGCUUCCAUUCAACAUCCACCUCAGGGAUGCUGAUGUGCCUUUUAACAACCAUUGAUGUGAAACGAUGUAAAGGCAUACAUUUUUAAAAGCAGUACAUUGAAAUAUGAGAUGGCCUUUUGAGGAAGUGAAAUUAUGAAGCUAUAAAUAAUAUAUACUGUACCAGCUUUGUAGCGCAUGUACCUGCAAGUUAUCAUGCACAGUUAAUUAUUGACUUGAAAAAUGUGAUGCCAGUGGUGAGGACUGCAGAUUUUGUGUUGAUUAAAUCUGCUAAUUGUAUUGAUCAUGUUGUUGGAAAGACUGAUGACCAACACGGCAUGGAUGAAUAAAUGGUGUCAUCAGAUAUUUUUGGAGAACAUGCUAUAAGGAUUGGCUAUAGCGGUGUCGUGUGCUUUUGCCUUAGCAGAAAAUGUAUAUGCAGGUAAGCAUAGGUUUUACUAUAUACACGUAUAUUAUUAUGGAAGCAUGUAGCUAAAUAAAUGUGUGGCAUUUU